ACUUAUAUUAGAACAACAGCAAAGAAGGAUCAGUACUGGUGUCAGAUUAAUAGGAUAGCCAGUUUUUUUUCCUCCCCUGUAUCAUAUAGAUAUUCAUCCCCCUAAAACGAACAACAGAAUUGUUUUUUUCCUUUAGGAUAAUACUCUUCUCUUAUUGGUUUAAAAACAGAAUCCUUAUUUUUAUUGGUCUAUUAAUCUUCGACCAAUCGCAGUCAGCGAAGCUCUAUCAAGAAAUGUAUAAAAGGGCUCUAGUGGAAAGAUGCGUCGAUUUUGUUGUUACUUGUGAGGAAGAAGUUAAAAGAUUCUGGCGAUGUCUGGUCGUGGCAAGACAGGUGGAAAGGCACGAGCCAAAGCGAAAUCUCGUUCUUCUAGAGCUGGGCUGCAAUUCCCUGUGGGCAGAGUUCAUAGGCUCUUGCGGAAGGGAAACUAUGCUGAGCGGAUUGGAGGUGGCGCUCCAGUUUAUUUAGCUGCUGUGCUUGAGUAUCUUAGCGCUGAAAUCCUAGAACUCGCUGGUAACGCAGCGAGGGACAACAAGAAGAGUCGAAUCAUCCCACGCCACUUGCAGCUGGCUGUGCGCAACGACGAGGAGCUAAAUAAGCUGUUGGGUGGUGUAACCAUCGCGCAGGGUGGAGUCCUGCCCAAUAUCCACGCAGUUCUGCUGCCUAAGAAGACUGAAGCCCUGCAUAGUGCUGCCAGCAGCAAGCCGACUACCAGCGUUGGCAAGUCUGCAAAAGUGGCAGCCAGGACUUCUACAUCGCUUGUUUUAGUAGAGUGAGGGGGGAAAUGAAAUAACCCUGUCCCGGGGGACAAUACUGAGACCCAAAGGCUCUUUUCAGAGCCACCCACAAGAUUUAUAGAAGAGCUGGUGUGCUGCUAAAUGAAAUCUAAACUGAUUUUAUGAUAUUGACCAAUACUUAUAAAAUACAGUAGGGAAAGGUUUCAUAGGUGCCUUAGGCUAUGUAAAAAUGACCUGUAGGGUACAUCAAAUUUUAAUGGCACUGCUCACAACUUGGGGGACUAGUGCAAGGCCUACACAACAAAGCAGGGAGGCUCAGCACAUUCCUGCCUCAUCUAGAAGCAACCCAUCUUCUAAUGGCAUGGGAAGAGCUACCUGGCUUUUAAUUAGCCAUGUAAGGGGCCUGCAGCCAGUAGCACUAGUAGCUUUCCAACUUGUAUUUUGAGAACAAAUUGGUUGUAAGAGACCGUCUCUGCAGAGGGCUCACCUUUUCUCCAAGCGCUACACAGUACUGGCAGGUAUCUGGGGGAUUUAUAAUAGAUCAUUAAGAGUUUCUGACCCAAUUGUUUUAACAGGGCUCCUGCUGGGAGAAAGGGUGGGAUGUAAAUCUAGUAAAUAAAUAAAGAGCCUGAGCAGGUCUCUCCCCUUAGGCUGCUGAAAUGAUGAAAGCUUGGAGGGAACCAGGUGUGGA